UCAAGCAGGUGUUCGAUGGUUACUUCCGGUUUACUGUGACGAACAAUGGAACCGAAGAGAAGAGUUCCUGAAACUGGUGGUCUUCCAUCAGGUUGGAAAAGAGAGGAAGUUGUCCGUAAAUCUGGGCUUUCGGCUGGCAAAACAGACGUGUAUUACUACAGCCCUGAUGGCAAAAAGAUUAGAAGCAAACCUCAGUUGGCACGUAUAAUUGGUGAUGCGCUUGACUUGAGUGCAUUUGAUUUCCGCACAGGGCGGAUUAUCUAUAGUGCCGUUCGCAAAAGUAAGCGUAUGAAGGGAUCAUCAUAUGACUUUGCCAGAGGACUUCGUCAUGAUGCUAGCUUGGUGCUGCCAAUCCGACAGACAGCUUCAAUUUUCAAGCAACCUGUGACAGUGAUCAGGAACCGACCAGAGAGCCAGACCAAAACAGAGUUAAAGCAUGGGCCACAGGACCCACCCAAGCAGCUGUUCUGGGAAAAACGCCUCCAGAGCCAGCCUUCCUGUGAUCUUGUGGAACAGAAUGAAAACCUCAGCAUGGACCUGCCCAAGAACAUGCAAGGCUGUGGGCCGGAGAUGACGACAGAGAAUGUGUUCCAGAGUAUCUCUGCAGCUCUCCACCUGAGCAGUGUCCCUAUCACAGGACAGAAUGCCAGCAAGUCAGCCAUGCAGAAGAACCCUGGUGUGAACAUCGACACCUCACAGCCACACAUCCAGCAAAUGGUGAUCCAUGAGGAGGAUAUACGUCGCCAAGAGGCUCGUGUCAAUGAUGCUCGCAGGAAGCUACAGGACGUCAUGAUGCUAGACAGGUAAUCUGUGGAUUAACCAUGGACUGAAUCAUUAUUUCACUCAACACUGAUUUCACCAUGCUCAGGACCAUUGCAUAUAUGGAGUGAAUGACAGACAGAUGUUAUCUUCAUGUCGGUAAUCUUUCCAGUGAUCUAUCUCUGCAGCACAAGCAUGUCUUUGUCGUGAGUUGAGAUGCUGAAGUCCUUCAUCUGGUAUACAGUACCUCAGCUGCUUUCAGCAUGUUCAGCCAUGGCAAAUACCAUAGAAAGUUCCAGCUGAGAGGGUGAUAACAAUGAAAAAAGAAAUAUUCAACUAGCCCAGAGGAUACAUUGAACAUCAUGCACACUUUGGCUAUUGAGCAAGUGCUAAUUACUCUGUGUGACUUUCAAAUGGUUUGAAUAAUUGUUUUUGCAAGGAAUAUGACCUUCAUUUUCUCCGGUCCUUCAUCAUUUCCUUGUUACCUGAAUCAAUACAUGUCUGGGCAUUGAGCUUCCAGUUGGUCUGCAAUGUUGUAUAAGAGCAUCAGAAAAGGGUACCUGUUAAAAUUUCAUCAACAUGA